UGAUGAUGACACAUUUGCACCGCAAACAGCCUGUCAGUACACAGCUUUCCUCUCAGUUAAAAAAGCAGCAGUAGGUAGCCAGAAAUAAUCUCUUAAAGAUUGUGGGAGGGGUCAUAUGCUUGGCAAGACAGGGCAAUGCUUUAAGGGGGCAUGACAACAAAGAGGGCAACUUCCACCAGCUGAUUAAGACACUGUAAUUGUUGAAAGAAAAUUUCAAUAAAAAAUAAGUUAUAAAAAAAAAAAGAAGGGGUUUUUGGGGGCGUGGCUAUUUGAUUGAUAUACCUGGUCUGCAAUGAUUGAUCAGAUGACGCGGCAGGCCGGGAGGUCGAUCACCGGAGGAUCAGUCACCGGAGGAGAGCUUGGGUCGUGAGCGUUUCGUAUUGAAUCAGUUGUGUUGAAUAUUAUUUUUCUCAAUAUUUGUCCGUGGAAUAAUAAUUUAGCACUGGCAGUUUUGCUGUUAGUUAUUUAGUUUUAAUGAGUUUUCGGUUCACAGUAAUUAUGGCUCAUUCUUCGUCACUAACAAACUGGAGAGAUGAUGGUGAUAUACAGUUUUUUUCGACACUCCUUACUGGAUUUGCUGCAGGAAAAAAGUUUUGGUGGAUUGGUUUGACUGACAGGGACGAGGAGGGGACCUGGAAAUGGAUUGAUGGAACUCCAUUGACUCAAAGUUACUGGUGGGAAGGGCAGCCUGAUAAUGGUGGUGGAGAUUCGCAGUGGGGGGAAGAAGACUGUGCACAUAUAUUAACUAGCAGGGAUUUUGAUAAAAACUGGAACGAUCAGUCAUGUACUGCUUCUGUGAAAUGGAUCUGUGAGAAAAUGGCUUAGCGCUGGUGUGUAAUCUCCAUUCAUGCUUUUACAAAGACCUUUGGUAUUGAGUGUCCGUUUAUGCUUGUGUGUGUGAAAGAGAGACUCAUGUGUUACUACUUCUUUCUCAUCAAAAUUAUAAAAUCUAUCAAUCAACAAAUUUUCAAAUGACAUAAUGUUAUACAAUAUGGGACCUUUUAAUGUUUAGUGUAAAUAACUGACAGUAGUUCAAUCUGAAAUAUAAUUGAGGAUAUGUAAACCUGCAACAAGCGAUGUACUUACCCGAUCAAAACCUUAAAACUGAACAAUAAACUUAAACAUACAGACUUAACAUGUGGUGUUAAAACAAGUUUGCUGUCAGUACUUACCUUCCCACCACAGGUUGCUGCUCUUUGCAUGCUCCAUGAAAACAGAAAACCACUGGAUUUACAGAAGGAAAUGAAUAUUUUAUUUUGAAUCGUUAGUUGUUACUUUAACUAGUUAAGUUUAGCAGCUGCUCUAAAGCUCCAGCUGAGGUGAAGGCACACAGUCACGCCAGGGUAUUUAGAAAACCAUAGAUAUGCUUAUCCUUCUAUACUUGAACACAACAGAAUAAAGCAUUCAACAAUCACUUGAACAGAAUUAUUUUUAUCAGCUAAUGGCAGUGUCUGUUUUUUCUAAUGCCUACAACCUACAGCAGGUUUUAUGUAUCUAACAGGGACCUCUUGUGGCCAAGUGAAUUAUAACUGUUGUCUGUCAAGGACAAAAGGCGUUGUACACUCCACCUCCAACUAUAAUGGUCACUCCAAACUGUAUUUUACAAAUGUAGACUAUUUGUAUACAAACAUCAUUUGUAGAAGAUCAUAUUAGACUGUUGUAAAUAAGAAAAUUCCUUAUAUAAUAUAUAAUUUUGCCAUCAAAUUUCUGGUUGACUAACUUACUCAGACUGUAGCUGCCUAUUAUCUUUGUAGCAGAAUAACAUUAUAUAUGUGAACAGAAGGUGGUGCUAGUUUGGUGUCAUCAUGUAAUGUAUAGUGCUGUGCACUCAGACUGAUGUGAUGCAGUUACUGAGACAUAUCGCCAGUGAAGUGUGACUUUCAUAUUGAGAAAGGAGGGUGUGGUAUGUAACACUUCAUAUGUAACUAAGACUAGGGGUGUCUUCGUUAAAUGUUGAGCACAUGCAGUUAGUCCAGUCCAAUAAUUAUGUUUCCUUCCACAUUGUUGGUAUCCAUUAUGUAUUCACAGUUUUUCAUUUAUUAUUAAAUAAUGUCCUAAAACACAUGAUGGAUAGACAGAUGGAGAUUUAGUCCUUUGUAAAUGUAAUUUAGUUUAUCUGAUAAUAAUGCUGCUUCAAAAGGUGUGGCAGUAAUUGUCAAUUAAAACCAUUUUAAUAUUCAUGACUUCCUCAGAAGUUGAAGGUGAGAAAUAGAAAAAAACAAAACUUCAAUCAUUUACAUGAACUGUGCUGCAGAGCUGUCGUCCUCUGAGAAGACUGGACAUUCAGAGCGAUGGACGAAAUCUACUAGGGUUGCACGGUAUACAGCGAGUGUGACGUAGUUGCCCGAGCGGAUGUAAGCCGCCUCCCACGCACACUCGCAUGUUUAGACUGAGGAGGAGAGAGAAACGACAAGUCGCGUCUUAGACAGACGGAGCGGGUUGAAGAAAAUACAGUAGAUAGAGAUGGCAGCUCCAGAAAAGCCCGUACUUGUGGACAAAAUGUUUUAAAAUAAUACAUGUGUUAAUACUUUUAUUAUAUAUGCUAUGAUUAUGCAAAAGGCCUUUGCGUGUGCGACUGUGUGUGACUGAUAAAGAUAGAGCAUUUCCAUCAAUAUGUAAAUGUCUGGAGUCCCUUUAUUUACUUAAUCCACAACCAUCAGAUCAGAAAUUGCUUCUGCGUGUCAUUUCAGAGGGCAUGGACAAACUACAUGUUUUGGAUAAAGACAUGUACGCUCACAUUUACUGCUCUGGGAAAUCACCAAUUCACCAAACUAGUAUGAACCCUCAAAUUUCAUAUUACAUCGUCCAUUCCAAAAACCCUCAUACCAAAUAACAACACAGUGAAUUUGUUUCUAUUCCACUAAAAAGGACUUUAAACCUCCGUACCAAGCAUUAAGUUGUCCUGAGAACGCAGAGUUCCUGUUUUAUGUGACAAUUUUCAUCGGAUAUUCUCAUCACUUCUUACUUCCUCAAAAGUUAAACUGUAAAGACCCUUUACACAUCUGACUUUAACAACUCAUGAAAGAAAAAAAAAAAAUAUAUAUAUAUAUACUUUCUUAUAAAUAAUGUCAUUCAUAGAUAGAUAGAUAGAGAGAGAGAAAGAAAAAAAGAAAAAAAGAAAGAAUCAAUCAAAAACCACAAUCAACAACACAACUACACAAGGAAACAAGAACAAAAAUAAAUCUGAUGUAUCCCCUCUGAAACUGGUGACUUCCUCCAAAGUUGAAGGUGAGAAAUUGUGCUGCAGAGAUCACAUUCUCUCAGAAAGUGAUGUGAGCGAUGGACGACAUCUAUGCCAAUGUUGAAUGCGGCAAACCUGGCCAAUCAAGACCUUCACCAAGUCAGACAGGUCCCAGGAGCUCUGAGAGGAGAUUUCAUGGAGCUGUUGUUCUCUCUCUGAGUCUGCUGAGUCUUCUCCUGCUGGCUGGGCUCAUCGGCCUCAGUGUCCACUACUAUAACUCCGUACAGCUUUCAGCUGCAGAAGCCAACCUGACUGAGCGAUUUCAGGCCAGUGAUGACAAACUCUUCUCCCUGACUGAAGAGAGAGACCUGCUUGUUGCCAAUCUCACGGAAAUGACUAAAGAGCUGAACAGGCUUCAGAAGACAUUUUGUCCUGCAGGAUGGAGGAGGUUUAGUCAUGCCUGUUAUUUCCUCUCCUGUAACACUGGUUCCUGGGAAAAAGGCAGAGAGGACUGCAGAGCCAAAGAAGCAGAUCUAGUGAUCAUAGACAGUCUUGAAGAGCAGACGUUCCUCUCUAAGCUCAUCAAGGAAGAAACUCUGGCUUGGAUCGGUUUGACUGACAAAGCCAGCGAGGGAACCUGGAUAUGGAUCGAUGGAACUCCACUGUCUCUACAGUACUGGAGGGAGACACAGCCUGAUAACGGUGGUGGACAUCAAAGUCUCGGGGAAGAGGACUGUGGCCAAAUCAUACUGGGGACGAAUGAUUUAACGAACUGGAAUGAUUUGCCAUGUAAAAAUGAUGUGAAAUGGAUCUGUGAGAUAAAUGAUUACAUCAGAAAAUGUCCUAUACCUACAAAUCAUGGCUGAGUUGGUAGUAAGAGAGAUAUUUUGUAAUUAUAUCACCAAAUCACCUGAAGAUGAACGUUCUGUCUAUCACAAAAUUGCAAUACAACAACCUCAUAUAGUUCAAUUAUUGAUUUGUGACUUUGUUAUUGCUCUGUGAGGUUUCCAAGAGAGCUCAUGAUUAUAUUAAUUAUAUUGAUUUUGAAUACCCCA